CUCCAAGACAGCAAUAAACAACGUCGUACCACCAUCCUACGACGUCGUUCCAUCGCCGGUCGUUUUCCAUGCAACAGUUCCCCCACCAACUUCUAUAUAAACUCCGAGAAUUGCUGCAAACCUCAAACACUGCAAACCAACAAACAACUGAUUUUUUCAUUGCAAUUUCAACUGUUUUUUUCCCUCUCCAAAUCCUCGACAAUGGCUCCUGAAAUCUUGAGUGCUAACAGCUUGAAUCGGGCCGCCUCCGGUUUGGCCAAGGCCGGCAGCCUGCCCAGCCGCGCUUACGUCACGUUCUUGGCCGGAAAGGGCGACUACGUGAAGGGCGUGGUGGGGCUGGCCAAAGGGUUGAGGAAGGUCAACACUAUUUACCCACUCGUGGUGGCGGUGCUGCCUGAUGUGCCGGCGGAGCACCGACGCAUGCUGGUGGAUCAAGGCUGCAUAGUCCGUGAGAUCGAGCCGGUUUACCCGCCGGAGAACCAGACCCAGUUCGCCAUGGCGUAUUAUGUCAUCAACUACUCCAAGCUCCGCAUUUGGGAGUUCGUGGAGUACAGCAAGAUGGUAUACCUGGAUGGGGAUAUCCAGGUUUAUGAAAACAUAGACAACCUAUUCGACUUGCCAAACGGGUAUUUCUACGCAGUGAUGGACUGUUUCUGCGAGAAGACAUGGAGCCACACUCCACAGUACAAAAUCGGGUACUGCCAACAGAGUCCGGGUCGGGUCGAAUGGCCCGAAGAGUUGGGCCCGAAACCACCUCUCUACUUCAACGCUCAAAUGUUUGUGUUCGAGCCCAGUCUCCCCACCUACCAUGACCUUCUCUCCACUCUCAAAAUCACCCCUCCCACUCCCUUCGCUGACCAGGAUUUCUUGAAUAUGUUCUUUAGAGAGAUAUACAAGCCAAUCCCAAACGUGUACAACUUGGUGCUAGCCAUGCUGUGGCGCCACCCUGAGAACGUGAAGCUGGAAGAGGUGAAGGUAGUGCACUACUGUGCGGCGGGGUCCAAGCCCUGGAGGUACACCGGCCGGGAGGAGAACAUGGAUAGGGAGGACAUCAAGAUGCUUGUCGACAGGUGGUGGGAUAUCUACAACGACCACACACUCGAUUACAACCCUACAGGCAUUACGGAGGCUGGUGUUGUUCAUUUUAUCGCCGCCCCUUCCGCAGCCUGAUGAGCUUGGGUUGGUGUAGGUGGUCCCGACUUUAUGAUAGAGCUACUUUAGAAAAAAGUUUCGUCAAGAAAUAGAGGCGUGUUUGGUUUUCUUUAAAUUGAUUUUUUGGGUUUUUUUUAGUAGGGGAAUGAGUUUGUGAAGUUCCCCUUUUGAUUUGGUAUAUUGUGGAUGGUUCAAGGGUAUAUGUGUAAGUUUCAACUAUAUUUAUGUAAAUUGAAUGUGAUUUUAGUUAUUGGACUUUGCAAUUACAUGCA